CACGGAUGCCCAGAUGGGGGUAGUGUUUGCGUUCGAGAGGGUGAAGAGGAGGCUGGGCAAAGGCUAAGGACGUUUUAAAAAAGCGCCCAAGCGGUAGCGUCACGAGAUGGGGGGCUGAAAACCAAGGCCCGAAUUGGGCAGUGCCACGCCCGCAAUAUCCAGCCUGAGAGCUGCGAGGAGCGUCAGAGAUAUGAGUUUGACUUCGUAUCUAGACGCUGCGUCGGCAGCAUUCAUUGAGGAAUUUCGACGCGGUUUGACCUCAGUGCGAGAUCUCAGCGGCCAAUUUAACCAUGAGGCAAAGGCGCUUAAGGCGUCAGGGGGUUACUCGUCUGUAUAUGUCACUCAAUGGGAGCCUCCAGAUGAGAACCCCAUCCUGCAUCUAACUCGAGAAGUCAAGAUAUUGCAAACGCUCAGCCAUCCCCACAUCAUCGAGUUUAUCGGUUAUGCCAUCGAAGGCGAACGAUGCGAUAUGAAGGCCGUCCUGAUAUCCAGGUGGUGUUCAAAUGGGGACAUCGUUGAUUAUUUGCGACGGCACCCAGACUCAAAUCGGGUCGCACUGAUUCGGGAUAUGGCAGAUGGACUGCAAUAUCUUCACAAUCAGGUUCCUACGAUAAUUCACGGUGAUAUCAAGCCUCACAACGUCCUUAUCAGUGAUUAUGGAAAUGCCCAAUUGUGUGACUUCGGUUUAUCUCGGGUAAUUAACGAACUAACAAUAGCGGAUCAAACGACAUCGACGGCACUUGGAUAUACGGCCAGAUACUCUGCCCCCGAGGUUAUCAUCGAGGAGGUCAAGACAGCAAAGAGCGAUGUCUACGCGUUCGGAUGUACCUGCAUACAUAUACUGUUCAGCCAGACUCCUUAUCCUACACUUAGAAAUGAUUUACAGGUGAUCACUGCUAUUGGAUCCGGGAAAUCGCCUUGGAACUGGGAUACAGGAGUGCCAUUAGAAUGUCUUCUCAAACAUGCUGCCAUCUGGAGCAAGAAGCUCGACCCUCAAUAGACGCCGUUCUCAGUGAAAUU